CGGAUGAUAGCAUACUCCCCACUCAAACCAACAGGCGCAUACACACUGCCCUCUGCCCAGCACAUAAUGAUGUAUGUGUGACAAGACUCUGGUCGCAGUACUUUUGACGUAACAGUCUUCGCCGCCGGAUACAAUAACAAACAAUUAAAACACCUGGACAGUCGCUUGAACAUUUACCUGGGCGCUCACCUGUAUAUCUACCUGGACGCUCACCUGCAAAUUUACCUGGAACAUACCUAAGGGAUACUUGCUAUCUUGACAAAUGGAAAACGCUAAAUAUCCAGAUGGUGAGAACGGAGAUCUGGACACACUUCGACAGCGUCAGGUCAAGCCCCAAUAUGGCACCACUGACAGCGACACAAGUUCUGCCAAGGUGGAGGUCGGUCAGAAGGUGCAGAUGCAGCGAAAUGUGGGUCUGUUCAGUGGGAUCUCCAUCAUCGUGGGAACUAUCAUAGGGUCGGGUAUUUUCGUGUCCCCCAAGGGUGUUCUGAGGGACACGGGAUCCGUGGGACUCAGUCUGGUGGUGUGGACAGCAUCGGGACUCAUCGCGCUCCUGGGAGCACUGUGUUACUCCGAGCUGGGGACGCUGAUCCGUCUGUCGGGAGGGGAGUACGCCUACAUCCGCGCCGCCCUCGGCAACAUCCCCGCCUUCCUUUACUCAUGGACGUCCGUCAUAGUCAUCAGGACGUCGUCGCUGUCGAUCAUUACGUUGACGUUCGCCCAGUACGUGGAAAGUUUCUUCACCAUGUGUGGUUCACCUGUUGCACCGAACAAGAUCGUGGCGGCCAUUGCACUUAUUACGGUGGGUAUAGUAAACAGCUGGAGCACCAAGUUGGCCGCCAGGGUGCAGGUCAUCUUCACAGCCGCCAAACUCGUCGCUCUCGGCAUCAUCAUCGUCGGCGGUAUCGUCAAAAUGGCUGAAGGCAACACUGCCGUCCUGGAGGAAGGGUUUGAGGGUUCGACAACCUCACCAUCAACGAUAGCGCUGGCAUUUUACGGCGCAUUGUGGGCCUUUGACGGCUGGAACAAUCUCAAUUACGUUACAGAAGAACUUGAAGAUCCAGCCAAAAAUCUGCCACGUGCCAAUAUCCUCGGGGUCCUUCUCGUCACCAUCCUCUACGUCUUGACCAACAUCUCCUACCUCACCGUGAUGACUACACAGGAGCUGCUAAACUCCAAUGCAGUGGCUGUGACAUGGGGAGACCGUGUUCUCGGAGCUGCCGCCAUCAUCAUGCCUCUGUCUGUCAUGGUGUCAACGUUUGGGGCAGCCAAUGGAACAGCCUUCAGUGGAGGAAGAGUUGUGUAUGCCUCUGCCAGGGACAACAACCUGCCUGAGAUAUUGUCCUACAUCCAAGUCAAGCAGUUAACUCCCCUGCCCUCCAUGUUGUUCACAAUCUUCAUCGCCCUCCUCAUGAUCAUCCCCGGGGAUAUCAGCGGCCUCAUCGACUUCUUCAGCUUCACCGCCUGGAUGUUUUACGGCAUGACCUUCCUUUCCCUCAUCGUCCUUAGGUUCAGGAUGAAGGAUGCUGAACGGUCGUAUAAGGUUCCAAUCCCAAUCCCAAUCAUCAUGCUGCUGAUUUCUCUGUACCUGAUCAUUGCCCCAAUAGUGGAGGAUCCCAGGAUUGAGUUCCUGUACGCUUUCCUCUUUGUCAUCGGGGGUCUCAUCUUCUAUAUCCCACUUGUACAUUUCAACCUAAAGGUUCCAGGUUUUGAUAAAAUAACGGAAUGGUGUCAGUUGGUUUUAGAGAUUGUCCCAUCAAGGGUCGAGCCUGAUUCCUAAGAUGCCUACACGAUCCUUGGAGUUACCUCCAGUCUGUGAUAAGAACCCCUGCAGUUGUUACCAUCUGUUGAUACAGAGACGUAUGUGCUCUGCAUAUCUUGAAUUACAUAACGGUCAUUGCUAACCAGAAUAAUCAACUGACGAGUGGUUUAGGACUCUUUUAUGAAAGAAAGAGCAUUAUAAUGGCCAAAUGGAGAUUCAUAAUAUAUAGCAUUGCAAAUAGCAACAUUUCUAGAAAUUGUAAGAAAAUGUACAGUGUUUUGAAAUUAUAAGAACAUUUGAUGUGAAGCGUAGGCAAGGAUGAAAUAUGUUUGAAACGUAUUUUCUAAAGCUUCUUCUAAUAUCAGUGUCAGCAAGUCUUUACCUGUGCUGAUUUUAUGCUGAUGUACAUAUGAGCAGUACUACUGACUGAGUUUGGAUUUACGCCGCUUUUAGCAAUAUUCCAGCAAUAUCACGGCGGGGGACACCAGAAAUGGGCUUCACACAUUGUACCCAUGUGGGGAUUCGAACCCGGGUCUUCGGCGUGACGAGCCACCGCUUUAACCACUAGGCUACCCCACCGCCCCCUUGAGCAGUUUUAACUUAUGAAGAAGUCCAAUAGGUCACGCACGUAUAAUAUUCUCUACUUAAAGUUAAUGAAGACAAACUUACCACUCAGUUUAGUCAUAGCUAGGUACGCUGUCAGGUCCAAGUCUAAGAAUGAAGAAAGCCUAUUUAUCAACCACACUUAACAUUUCAAAUGAUUUUAUAUUAGAUGGACGUGUCCUGUUUACCCCCUUUCAGAUCGUCUAAUGUCACAGAACGCAGUUAAAUUCUGUAUAUUUACAAAGGAAUAUCCUUCGAAUGGUUCUACAUUGAUUUGUAAAUGUCAUUUUGGCAGUGUAGUUGUAGUUUACGUAUAUUUGACGGCCCUCUGUAUGUUUAGUAUAAAAGUAAGUUGAACAACACCCCAUUUUGUCACGUGACUAUAACUGCUCCGCCAUGUCAUGAUAAAUCAUUGUCAUACAAACAUUCAUCUUGUGGUUUUGAAACAUUUUUGGUAGCACAUAGAUAUUAUUAUUCAGCUAGUUUCGUUGCCAUUUUAAAAAAAUGUCAUUUUGGGAAAAUUGUAAUACAAUACCCUGCUAAUUACAAAAUCCUGGUUUUAGAUAGAAACGGGCUAACAAUGAGGGGUCAGUAUGCUCAAACAUCUCUUCAUGUGGCCCCAUGGUAAAAAUGUAUGGUAACAUUGUCAGUUAUCUGGGUUAUUACUGUACGAUGUACCUAUAUGUACCUACAUCGAGCGUUUGUUUCCACAAUGGAACUGUAUUGCAUUGGUUACGUUUCCUAUCAAGGAAGAUUUCAUUCACACGAAGGAGCAAUAUCCCAUCCCUGUAUCCCAGACGCAUCUGGUUUGUAUAAUAAAACAUUUUAUACUCAAA